ACAAAAACAACAUAUGCAGAUCCACAACAGACGCAAUGCAAAUUUUUGAAAUUGCGACGCAAAAUUACAAUGUCAAAAGUACAAAGCACAAUUUGAGCAGAGUGACAGUGGCUUCAUAUGCAAAUGUAGCAUAUUGUACGCACUUGUAUAUAAAGCAAUGAGCAGUAGGCAAGGCAAUACUGGUUGUACAUCCAAACAAACAACAUGUUAGGGGUUUUGCUAGCUACAGGAUUGUUUUUCUUCAUUUCGGUUCGAGCAGAGCUGGAUUACAUUGGACCAUGCAGAAACACCAUUCAGACUGAUCCUAACGUAGAUUUUGAACAGUUUGCAAAGGAGAAUAAUGGAAAAUGGAACUUUGUCAAAAUUCCUGAUACACCGGCUCUUUCUGACAUUUCCAAUCUAGAACUUACAGUAAACAAGGGAGAAGAUGGGAUGUACAAAUCUACUAUCACUUCCACAGUUGCACAGGGUAAAAAACGAUUACUCUCUGACGAAACAAUAGAAAAUGCUGGAAAUGGACUACUUAAAGCUACAACUAAAGAUGGAAAUGAGUUUCAAGUGUACUUCUUGAAAUACAAGCCAUCAAAGUAUGCAUAUUACUUUGUCUGUGGGAAAAAUGGAGGGGACAAUAAUGUUGAUUAUCGUUAUGUUCUUUCACAUGAACCGCUAUCAGAAGAAGAUUCAGAUGAAAUUUAUAAAUUGGAAAAACACUACAGCUUCAAAGGAGACCUGAAGGAAAUAUAUACUGUGUUUUAUUAAUAAAAUAAUUCAAAAUAUUGUGCUAAAAAUGUAUAAAUUUAUGAACUUACAAUAAAAUUAUGUGUUUUA